AUGAAUUCCCAGACCAGCUCAUUUCUCGUCCCCACCCCCGAGACCCAGUAUUCAGGUCCCUCCUCAACUGCUUCCCGCAUCCCGUAUAUCACCGGACGUCUCAUGGAGGUUCGAAAAUUGAUGGGCAUCCACCAAGAGGAUAUAUCAACCCAGUGGUCAACCUACGAAGAGCAUCUCAAGAACUACCACAGGGCCCGCUUGAACAGGUUCAUCGCCUCACGCGAAAACCAAGAAGACCCCAGCUCCACGGCAGAUCGCCCCGCAUCAAGUCUCGGCACCCUCACCACGAAUGAGAUGGCUCUUAAAGACCUCGUUCAGAUGUUACAUGACAACUACAAGUGGAUGAUGGAGAAGGUUAGCGUGCUACAGAAGGAGGAAAAAAGGUUGAAAGAAGAGCUCGAUAUACUGAAAACCAAGAGCGGAUGGGAUCGAUUCUUCACCGCCGGGAGAAGAUGGAACGCUGAGGUGUUCGUCAGGGAAGCGGACGGGCCGAAGAUGAUGAUGGAUGGCUUCGAUGCAUCGGAGAACUUCUUUUAG